AUGAAGUUAAAUUUGUUCAUUUCAAUAUUAUUUGUAUUAAUAUAUUGUUUGUUUCGAUGUGUAUUAUCAUUGGCUGAAGAAAAAUUACAAGGUCAUUUAAAAUCUAGUGGAGAAAUAUUUGAUUCAUCAUAUGAUCGUGGUCAUCCAUUCGUAUUUAAAAUAGGUUAUGGACAAGUUAUUAAAGGAUGGGAUCAAGGUUUACUUAAUAUAUGUGAAGGUGAAGAACGUAAAUUAAUAAUUCCUCCAUCAUAUGGAUAUGGAGAUGUUGGUGCUGGAAAUGCUAUUCCACCUGGUGCUACUCUUAUUAUGGAUUCUCUCGAUUAUUUAAUUAUAGUUAAACAAAUCUUUGGAAUAUAUUGUAUUUAUUCUGAAGGAUCAUCUGAAUGGUCAUUAGAUGAUUUAAAUAAUGAUAUAUUUAAAGAAAAAGUUGAUAAAUACCCUGUUUAUGAUUAUAAUGAUGAUAAUGUUGAUAUGUGUAGAGUUGAAAUAUAUGUUGAUUAUAAAUCUCGAUUAUUAAUAAUUAGUUUUGGAGAUUCAUUUCAAUGGAGUAAACUUGAUCAUGGUGAAGGACGUUUAGAUUUUUUAAUUAUGUUUAAUCAAGAUAAUAUAACACAAGCUGAUUAUUAUAAUGUUUUAGAAUAUGCUUGUUAUGAUCAAGAUGAAUGUAAUAAAUUAUUUGUUUAUCAUCAUAUUGAUUGGCUUAUAAAUAUUAAUUAUACUCAAUUUGAAACUAAUUUAAGAUCAAUUCUUUUUCAAGAUUUUAAUCAUACAGAAUAUUGUUUUAUUGAUAAAGCUAAAUUAUCGAAAUGUUCAACAGGUGUUUGUUCAGGAAAAUAUUCAAGUUAUCAUAAAAAUUAUUUAUUUGAAUGUCAUAAAAAUUCUGAAGCAUUAAUUGAAGUUCAUAUAACAAUAAAUAUGAUUUUAAUUGAAGAAAAUCUAUUAAAUAAAAUAAAUAUUGGAGAAGAUAAAAUAAUUCGAUAUACAUGUAAAUAUAAUCAAUGUAAUAAUCAAUUAUUAACUGAUAAAUUAAUUGAUAUUAUUCAACAAGAUUUUCAAUUAUCAUUUAUGAAAAAUGCUUUUUUUAAUUAUUAUUCAAUAAAUAUAAAUAAAUCAAAUUAUUUAUCUUAUGAAACAACAUAUCAUACACAAAUAAAACAAUAUUCAUUAUUAAUACCAAUUAAUUAUGAUUUUUUUAUUAAUAAUAUUGCUAAUUAUCAUUAUCAUUAUCAUUAUCAUUUAUCAAUAUUUAUUAUAUUAACAUUAUUAAUUAUUUUUAUCAAUUAUAUUUAUUUAUUUUAA